UGUUUAUGAGAAAGGACGAAGCACAUGAGGUACUGAAAGUCCAUAAACGUGCUAACUAUUUUCUAGAAGAGAUUCGUCCAGGGAACUUGGAGAGAGAAUGCAAUGAGGAAAAGUGUUCAUUUGAGGAGGCUAAGGAGAUCUUCCAUUCGCAGGAGAAAACCAUGGAGUUUUGGUUCAAUUACAAAGGUUUAAAUCCAUGUAGUACAAACCCCUGUAACAACGGUGGAGUCUGCAAAAUAAGACACUACAACUACUUUUGCAUCUGCCCCCCAAAAUUUGGAGGAGACAACUGUGAAAAAGAAAAGUUUGAAUGCUGGUAUAGGAACGGCGGGUGCUGGCAGUACUGCAGGGACAGCAGCAGCGCCUUUCACGUAGUAUGUUCCUGCGGAAAGGAUUACACCCUGCAUGAGGAUGGGAAGAGAUGCGUGCAAGCAGCACCAUUUCCAUGUGGCCUGAUUAAAAUCAGGCAGGCUCCGGCAGAAGAGCGGCUGGGGCAGACAAGGCUCCCGAGGGGACUGCCUGAGCACGGGGAUGAUGUGGCCAAGUGGAAUGAGAGCAUGGAGGGCACAGUUAGCCAAACUGAGGUGGAACAAAGUGCUAUUGGGGAAAAUGAGACCUCAAAGGAUGCGUUUGGGCAAAGCGUGCUCAUGGAGGGUGACGCUGAACAACCCGAGGUGGCAGAAGACGCUUUCAGCUGGAACGAGACCCUGGGGGGAUCCGUUACGCAUAAGCCACUGGCGGAUGGUGCUGCUGGGCAGGCAGUGCGUGUCCCUGAGCACCACGAGGCAGAGGAGGGGACCGCCAGGCCUGGGCGAGGCCAGGCUCCACAGAAUGAGCCCACCCAGCACCCUGCGUGGCAGAACGAGACCACAGCACCUGCUGCCAGGCAGAAAGAAAUGGUGGAAGAUGCUGCUGGGCAAAACCAAACGGGGGUGAACGCUGGCCAGAACAGAACAGGGCCCAUUCAAACCACGCAUGACGUGCUCAGUCAGAGUGGUGGCUGGGGAAAUGGUUCAGACAUGCCUCAGUUCGGCCAGAUGAACAUCAGCGCUACACACAAUGACUCCAGGAUAACUGGAGGAACUUUGUGUCAUCGUGGACAUUGCCCCUGGCAGGUUUUGAUCCGGAAUAGUAAAGAUGUCGGGUUCUGUGGAGGGAGUUUAAUCAGCAGUCGCUGGGUGGUCACUGCUGCUCACUGCCUUGAUCUCAUCAGACCGCACCACGUUACUGUAGGAGACUUUGACAAAUAUCAAAGAGAAUUCAAAGAACAGAAGAUCGAUGUGGAACAGAGCUGGACACAUCCACAUUAUGAUUCAAAUAACUACAACAGUGACAUCGCCUUGUUGUACUUGAGCAGCGAUGUUAUUUUUAACGAGUACGUAAUUCCCAUCUGCCUCCCGAGCCCUACCCUUGCCAGCCUGCUCUCAGAAGAAGGACGAGUAGGGAUGGUAAGCGGAUGGGGCGCCACUCACGACAGAGGUUCAACUCUGCGCUUCCUCAUGAAAGUCCGGCUGCCCAUUGUGAACAUGGAGACCUGUCAGCGGUCGACAGACAGACUCAUUACAGACAACAUGUUCUGCGCAGGUUACACCACGGAGGCUGCGGAGGCCUGCAAGGGGGACAGUGGGGGCCCUUUCACCGUGCCGUACCACAACACUUGGUUUCUCUUGGGUAUUGUAAGCUGGGGUGAGGGCUGUGCUGAGAAAGGAAAAUACGGUGUGUAUACACGAGUAUCCAACUACAUCCCGUGGAUUAAAGAGGUUGUUGAAAGUGUAGCAGAUUCAGGAAACUUUUCCAUUAACUUUUCUUAA